ACAUCUCUUUCAAUUGAGACAUACCUUAUAUGUCCAUCAUUACUUUCUACCGUAGCAGAGAGUAUUUGACUACAGUAGUAGAUGUGUCAGAGAUCAUAUUACGGCGAUUUGUUUGUUUUGAUCGUUUAGGUGCACAUGAAAGGAAGAAUGAUGGAGAAAAUACAAGAGGAAAUACAAAGGAAGUUGGAUGAAUACAAAACUGUCCAGAAAGAUUUUCAUAAAGCAGUUAGUCAACGGAGUCAGCUAGAGGGCCAGUUGAAUGAAAAUACAGCUGUGAAAACAGAACUUGAUCUGCUGAAAAAGGAUGCUGAAGUGUAUAAAAUGAUUGGUCCAGUGUUAGUGAAGCAAGAUCUUGAAGAAGCUAAGCAAAAUGUGGCGAAGCGAAUGGACUACAUUCGUGGUGAGCUAAAACGGGCUGAUGACACUCUAGCUUCACUAGAAAAACAACAAGAAAGUCAUCGAGCAGCCUUAACAAAGUUGCAGCAGCAGUUUCAGCAAGCACAGAUGAAGAUGGCCAAAAAACCGUGAAUGUGAAUCAGUUGUGUGCUGCUGUAUACAUUUGUUUCCUGUUUGGAAACUGAGAAAAGUAAAUUAAAACCAAUGUGAAUUUUAUGUGUGGCUGAAAUCUCAUCCUUUGUGCUUUUGUAGAGGAAGUGGAUGUAUAUAUAUAUGAAAACAACAUGUAACUAUAUAAUAUCUUUAUUGCAUACAAAAUAAAGGCACUUUAUUAUU